CCCUCAUGGACCUGCUGGCCCUGCUGCUCCCCUGCCUCCUGGCCCCGCUGGGAGGGGUCGCCGCCAUGGCCUCCCCGGGACCCGGCGGCCAGGACCUCCAGCCCAAUCCUCCCCCCGCCACACGUCUGGAGCCGAUGGAGAAAUUCAAGGAAUUCCAGAUUCGCUACAAUAAGAGCUACGAGGACCGAGCAGAGCAUGCGCGACGUUUUGAGAUCUUCGUCCAGAACCUGGCCCGGGCCCGGAAGCUGCAGGAGGAGGACAUGGGGACGGCGGAGUAUGGGGUCACGCCCUUCAGUGACCUCUUGGAGGACGAGUUUCUCAGUCUUUACGCACCCAGAUUCGGGAUGCCCUCCGGUUGGGCAAAUAAAGCUGCCAGGGUCCCCGAGGGGCCUCUCCUCAGGCAGACUUGUGAUUGGAGGAAAAUUGGGGCUGUUACACCGGUCAAAAAUCAGAGAUCCUGUGGCUCCUGUUGGGCCUUCGCCGCCGUCGGCAACGUGGAGUCCUCGUGGUACCUCAGGGCCGGCCACCGACUCGUCUCCCUCUCAGAGCAAGAGGUGUUGGACUGUGGUCGCUGUAGGGACGGCUGUCAGGGUGGCUACGCCGAGGAUGCCUUCAUCACCAUGAUGUUCAACAGAGGCCUGGCCAGUGAGAAGGACUACCCCUACAAGGUCCGGGCCAGGCCCAACGGAUGUCAGGCCAAUAAGACAAGAGCCGCCUGGAUCCACAGCUUCAUCACACUGCCCAAAGAUGAGAUGUACAUGGCCCGCUACGUGGCUGGCAACGGACCCAUCGUCGUAAGCAUCAAAAUGCCGCAGCUGCAGCUCUACGUCGGGGGAGUUAUGCAUCCGUCCCACCAUAACUGCGACCCCAAGGCAUCACACAGUAUCCUGCUGGUGGGCUUUGGUUUCAGUAAUAAUUCCUCUCACUGGAUCCUGAAGAAUUCUUGGGGCCCGGGAUGGGGAGAGAAGGGCUAUUUCCGGCUGCAUCUUGGGAGCAACGCCUGUGGGAUCGCCAAUCGUCCCGUCACUGCCCUGGUCAGAGGUUCCAAACGCCAAGUCUCCUGCCCACCGUGAGACCCUCAGCUCUGUCCACCCGAUGGCCUGCAUUGCCCUAUGCCUCCCUGUGGCUCCAGCAGGGGUCACCUCCACUCCUGACCCCCCCCAAACAAUCCCGAGUCCCAGCCCAUCCUUGGAAUGACCUGGGAGAGAGCUUCUAGGCGGAGACGGCCGGUCUGGGCCAAUGCCCUGAUCUCUUCCGCUUCCCCAGCUGCCUGCUUAGGGAUGCGUCCCCCUGCCCAUUCCCCCCACAUCCCCCCUUAGUCUCCCUCCGGCUCCCCGACCACCAGCUUAGUUAGGGCUGAGUCCCCCUGUCACCAUCCCUCCACACACACACCCUCUCUCUCACUCCUCUGCCCCCAGAUGAGGCCUGGGCGUCUCCUUAAUCCCCUGAGCAGCAGGACCCUGCCUCCGUAGUCUCUGCAGCCAUUUUAUGUCACCAUUUUGCCAGAGUAAAGAUCAAGUCUGGGGGGCGGAGGGCAGCGGCCAGUCCUCCCUCCCCAGGGAAGGGGGUCAGUCGUGAUACAGGCACAGGAGGCAGCUCCGGAGUGUCCCCGUGUAGCGGUCCCAGAGCGCCCUGUCCCUGCUGCGGGAGGAGAAGCAAGGGGGAGCACCACUAAGAGGCCGUUCUCUCAACUGGAAGCUCCCGGAGGGGAGGGCUCAUGCCUGCCUAUCCUACUGUCUUUUGCAAAGCUAGCUUAGAAGGCGCUCAAUAAAGAUGAUUGAUG